AUGGACAUUUCCGUUUCUAGCAUGUCGGAACUCGAGCAUAGAGAGAUUGGGUCCAUGCAGCAAGCCUCCAUGGGCGCAUAUGCUCAGGCUGGGGCUUCGGGCACGCCACAGCAGACAUCAGCACAUCUCCCCCCGACGCACCACCAUCAUCGCCUGCCCGACACUGGCCCGCCGACAAAAUUGAUGCGCCAUGACAUAGAUGGAGGGGGCGGCAGCGGGGGAGGGGCCCUCAGUGUCGUGGGUCAGGUCGGAAUGCCACUUCCGGCUCCACGGCCCCGGGGUCCGAAACUGAAGUUUACACCGGAAGACGACCAACUCCUCAUCGACUUGAAGGAGAAUAAGAGCUUGACUUGGAAGCAGAUCGCCGACUUUUUCCCAGGGAGGUCUAGUGGCACUCUUCAGGUGCGAUACUGCACAAAACUGAAGGCGAAGACGACCCAAUGGACAGACGAGACGCGUCUCCGCCAGGACUUUUGGCUUCUGGGUCAGGAGACACCACGAUCUAUGCAAGGCACCAGCAUCAUCAAUCCCCCGAUGUUGGUAGCGGAAUGUACAAUCAUCAAAUAUAGCAGCGUUGUCUAUGUUUGA